GGCAGCUGUCUGAAGAGUCCUGUUUUGCGUUCUCUGCUUUUGCCAUUCAUAUUUCCGUGUGGAUUACAGAAUUUACCCAACUGUUUUCUUUUUUUUUUUGGUCCAACAUUAGUUUCCUUUUCUGUCAGAUUUUCUUGUCGGACUUAAAAGUAUGAGAUUCCAUUUAAAUUUCGCGUGCUUAAUCGUGCCUGUUGCUCUACAGUUCAUCCUGGGCACCAGCCCCGUCAUGGCUGCCAGCAGCAGGAAGUGUGGCUCCAUCUACAGGGGCUUCGCCCAGUGUCUACUGGCCCUGGGGGACAGAAUGUCCAACAGUAUGCAGAGAGAGGAGAGCUCCCAGGAGAUAGACACCAUCUGCAGGUCGUGGGAUGAGUUCCACAUCUGUGCCAACGCGGUGUUGGCGACGUGCCCGGAGGACGCGGCGGCCGUGUGGGAGUCUUUGCGGCAGGAGUCCAAGAAAAUGCAGUUCUCCGGGAACCUAUACGACAUGUGCGCCAACCAGGCCCAGCCAAUCAGCACCAUGCAGAGCCCGCCCAGCCCGGAGGAGACCAAUCAGGAGCUGCUGAAGGGCCACGCCCACAGGCUGGGCCACGCCCUCAGCCUGUAUCUCCUCGCCUGCCUGUUGGCUCUGCGGGCCUUGAUGUAACGAGGGGGCUGGUUUGGAUUGGCCGUGGACUGGGAGGACUGCAGGAGAGGUGUUGAGAUCCAAUUUAUCAGUCUCCAGUCUGAGCCUGCUGUGUGAACGCUGACCUACAGACACCUCUCAAUUCAAUCUGGCACCAAACACACACACACACACACACUCUCUC